UCCGUCUGCACAACUGAGGAAGGUUGGACAUUUCAAGUAAAGAAGAACCUAUGAAAAGACUUGGGGAUAACUGUCUAUCUUUAUUUGACACUUCACCGUCUUAAAAUGUAAUUGUCGAUAUUUUUUGAUAGAUGAUGUUUUUAUAUGUGAGCAAUGUAUCACACAUUUCAAUUAAUGUAUUUCUGUAAUUGUAUUCUUCCUUUAUGCAAUCCAUUUAAAUGUUAUUUUAUGACCUCUUGCUUUGGCCAGCAACAUGAUGAAGAAAGCCAGCAUCCUUCUCCUCUCUGCUUUCCUCACUGCGGCCUUUACAUGUACUCCUCCAACAGCUGAGCAAAAGAGUGAUGAAGGGAACAUGGGAGCUUGUAAAAGUCUUGGUACCCGCUGUUUCAAGUUUGUCUCCACAGCAAGAGCUUGGGCCGAAUCUGAGCGUCACUGUGUGGCGAUGGGAGGGAACCUGGCCUCUGUGCACAGCAUAGAUGAGUACAGCUUCAUCCAGGAUCUGAUCCGCGAACACACUGAUGGCACUCCUCGUACUUGGAUCGGAGGAUAUGAUGCUGUUCAGGAGGGUCUGUGGUUUUGGAGUGAUGGGUCCAGGUUUGACUACACUAACUGGUAUCCUGGUGAGCCUAAUAAUAGUGGAAGCGAGCAUUGUAUCGAAAUGAAUUUUGGAGGUACAGUCACCAAUAUUCACUGAAAUAUUUCUGCUGCAAUGAAAAUCUUAAAUCCCUUAUAAUAUAAUUUCCACACAGAAUAAUAGUAUACCCUGAUCUACCUAUUCAAAUAAUAUUUCUGCUGCAAUGAAAAUCUUGAAUCCCUUGAAAUGAAUUAUAUAUACAGUACAUAAUUAUAUAUAUAUUACAAAAUUCAAGUCAUAAUCAUGGUAUGGUAAUUAUGGUAUCACCACCUUGUUUGUUCUUGUCAGAUCAUAGUGUAGUUGAAUGUCAGUUUUUCAUUGCAUUACUGUACCACAUUGCCAACUGCAGC